CCUGGCGCGGGCUGGCGGGGGCGGGGUCUUCCUGGAUCCCGUGGUGCUCUGCGGAGCGCCCUCGGCUCUCUUCCGGUCGCGGGCACCCGGGGCGUAGAGGGCGGUCGCGGCGGGCACCGGCUGUGCGGCGGCGGCGGCAGAAUGUUGGCUACCAGAGUGUUUAGCCUAGUUGGCAAGCGGGCGCUUUCCACCUCGGCGUGUGUACGAGCUCAUGCACACGGAAGUGUUGUGAAGAGUGACGACUAUGCUCUCCCGAGUUACGUUGAUCGGCGUGACUACCCCUUGCCUGAUGUGGCCCAUGUCAAGCACCUGUCCGCCAGCCAGAAGGCUUUGAAAGAGAAGGAGAAGGCCUCCUGGAGCAACCUCUCUGUGGAUGAGAAAGUCGAGUUGUAUCGCAUCCAGUUCAGGGAGAGCUUUGCUGAGAUGAACAGGGGCACGAACGAGUGGAAGACGGUCGUGGGCACCGCCAUGCUCUUCAUUGGCUUCACAGCGCUCAUUGUCAUCUGGGAGAAGCGCUACGUGUACGGCCCCAUCCCACACACCUUUGAUCCUGACUGGGUGGCCAAGCAGACCAAGAAGAUGCUUGACAUGAAGGUCAACCCCAUCCAGGGCUUCGCCGCCAAGUGGGACUACGAGAAGGAAGAGUGGAAGAAGUGAGGCCCUGCGUCCCACUCCCCUGCUCAUCACUCUGCAGCUGAGCAUGUUUACUGGAAACCUGUUAUCAACACCGAUACCAAUAAAUGACUAGUUUACGUGAA